ACCACACCUGAACCAACUACCACUACAACAACCACACCCGAACCAACUACUACCACUACAACCACCACACCCGAACCAUCUACCACCACUACAACCACCACACCCAAGCCAACUACUACUACUACAACCACAACGACUACUACUACUACCACACCCAAGCCAACUACCACCACCACUACAACUACCACACCCGAACAACCCCCCACAACUACGACCACUACAACCACCGAACCGACUCCACCAAUGCCAGGUGACGAAGACGGAGAUUUUGAUCCAGUCUACGAUGACGAGUUCCUGAGCGAUUACGACAAUGGUGACGAAAAUGACGAGAUUACAAAGGAGUUCAUGACCUUCCUGCGUGAAAAUGACGUCGCUGACUUCGACGGUGACGUCAGUGAUGAUGAAAAGUUCGAAAACGAGCUGAAAGAUGUUCUAAAGGCCCAAGAGUAACUGUCCUGCUAACGUGAAAUAUUCAUUCAGAAAAUAUUUUGAAGUGUUAACUCCGGUUUUCUCCAAAAAAGGCUCUGAACAACGAUAGAUUUAUGCUAAGCUAAUGAUAAGUCGAAAAAACAGAAUUGUUUUUCGUUCGCAAACUCAAUUUGUUUUGGCUCGGAUGGACUUGUUCAACUAACAACGCUGCUAAAUGCAGAAUAAAACGUUUUGUUGAUUGUUCAUCACAAAACAAAUUAUUAGAUAUUUAAACUAAAAAAUGAUUAUGCGGUGUCUUCAUAUUUAAAUGAAACAAAGAGUGUACACUCUUAUUUGAAAAAAAAAAGGAAACGACCCAAAAAAAUUUGCCCAUAGUUUGAGAACCACAUAUUAACCAUACUUUGAAAUAUCAGUUUUCAAACCACCACACUGACAAUCUUUUCAAUCCGGAAGUCCUCUAUAUGGAAUUUCUAUUUGCUAUCUCUACUGUUAUCUCAGUUAUGAUUUUAAUCUGUCAAUGCCGCCUGUCAUAAACCGUCAUAUCUGGAAUUCUAUUAUGUUAUUAUAUCUCUCUUAUCUGCAUCCUAUUCAGAGAGUGCUCUAUUGUCGCAGAGUUAGGGCGUCGAGUCUAAUUCUCUCUCCAAAGGUUGAAAACUCCAAAUUUAAACCCAAGCCCGCCAAUUCACUCUAAAUGUGAUAAAAUGUGUGACGAAUCAAAAAGGAAUGUGGUCUCUUCAAACAUUAAAACGCUUCACGUAUUGCAUGUUUGAGCCGUGUUCUAUGCGAACUUAAAUAUCCCCAAAACGAGGACCGAUUUGUUAUUUUCAAUCUGUUAAUUCCAAAAAGAGGGCAGGUUUUUAUUUCCAAUCUAAUAAUCCCUUGGGAGGGCUGAUACGUUAUUUUAAACACGACAAUGCCCAAAAGAAAGGCUCAUAUGUUAUUUUUAAUUUGGUAGUCCCCAAAAGGAGGGCUGGUUCGUUAUUUUCAAUCAGGCAUUCCCAAAAGAAGGGCCGAUUUGGUAUUUUCAAUCUCAGAUUCCCCAAAAGGAAAGCUGAUUCGGUAUGUCCAAUCUGACAAUCUUCCUCUGUUUGAACGCCCGAUAAAGUCAGUAUGAUUAGCCGUUAUUAUCGAAUCGACUUCAAAAUUUUAGUAAUUUCGAGUUAAUUAUUUAUUAGAUAAUGCAGCCAGAUCCCACAUACGGCUUAAGUGUGAUAAAGAAAUGAUAUUUAUUUAUUUAUUUACCCAGAAUUUUAUUAAUAAUUUUUUGUACUCCUAAAUUUUUUAAAGAUGGUGAUGCCCUAUUUGAUUCGCCAAUGAUUCAUUGAAAAAAUGACGUCACAUUUGAUGACGUCAUACUUUUACUGCAAAGUAUAAAUUUUCGACAUUGACUGUAUUCAUUUUUCUAUGCACUACCGCCACGGUCUUAUAAAAAUAUAACCUGCUGUGCAACCUGCUGCCCGCGGGCCAAAUGCGGCCCACAUAGAAAAAUUGUGUGGCCCGCGAAACGAGUUUUUAAUUUAUUUUAAUCUGAUACGUGCGAGUGGAUUCCAAGCCCAAAACUAAGCCAUUUAUUUAUUUAUUUACGUUUUAAUGCCUAACAGCCAGCUUGGCUGAAGGAAACAACGCAUAUCAUGAGUAGUUUUGCGCAACUACUAGAAAGCCUAUGUUAAAUAAAGUACAGCCCGCGGUUUCACCCGGUUAUUUGAUUCUCUCCCUUCUGUAUUAAAGGUCGCACACCCCUGAGUUAAAAUACCUACACCCACCCCCCCCCCUCCCUUCAAAAAAGUCUCUAAGCCCCUUUGUGGGGCGCCCCACCGUUUGACAACCCCUGCCCUAGUUCAUUGAAUUUUUCUUCCCGUCCUAAUGGAAUAUAUACAUUAAAUUCCGUUACAAAAGAGUUUUCUAUCCACUGUAUCAUUUCAAAUUGACUCAGGAAUUCUAGUAAUAUUGCUGUAUUUUUCCUACAGGUUCAUAAAGUUUUUAACGCUUUAUAUUUUAAAGUCCUACGUACAGUUACGUUUGCAGAAUAAUCCCAUUUGAAUAAUGUGUGACUAAUGCUGUUAUGUCUAGGCUCAAAUGUGAUAAGGAAACAAUAUAUUCUUUAUUUACCCAGAUUUUCAUUUUGUUUUUUUGUUUUAUUCGUGCACCUGCAAUAUCAGAAAAAUCGUGACGUUUUACAACCCCUGCUCUCGUUCAUUGAAUUUUUCUUACCGUCCUAAUCGAAUAUAUUUAAUUCCCUCACAAAAGAGUUUUUUAUCCACUGUAUGAAUUUUAAUUGACUUGGGGAUUCUAGUAAUAUUGCUGAUUUUUAAAUGAUUAAGUCCUGGUUAAUAACGCCAUUGUCUCAUUUAAAAAAGUAUUCCAUAUAUUACCGGUAAACCUUUAUACUUUAUACAAGUUUCAACGUUUGAACUAUUUUCUAUGCAGAUUUCCAGUUCACAAUAAUCCAAUUUCGUGCAUUUGCAAUGAUUUUCCUAUUCACUGUUGCAGUUAUCCUAAACCUAGUUUAUUAAACUGAAUCCUUUGGAAAUAUCACACAUGUAAUGACAUUGAUCGUCAAGUGAAAAAUAUUUGCACGUUUUCAUUUAUUUUGCACUGUUAACCCGUAACAAUCAGCAAUACCGUGAUCACCAUAACUGUUACUAAACAAGCUUUAUGUUGGGAGGCGAGGGUCUGAGGAGUUAAUUUAAAUAAAUCUGUUGAUGAUUUUGAGCUGAGGUUCCAAUUCGGUUCGAGCUGUGUUCUGUAUUUACUAUGUUUCUAAAGGACAAUGCCUUAUUUAAAAAAUAUUCCGGAUUUUCGAGAAAAAAAUGGCUGACUGACCCGUAUCUGUGACUACCCUUCAACAUGCUCAAUUUUUUGAUGCAGGGUGGUAACUUACUAAAUUCUAUUACUGACUUCAAACUAAGACGUAACCCCCAUUUAAACCCGAUCAAUCUGUGGCACACUCGGUGCUCGGUUCUACAAUUUAAUUUUUAUGCACAUUUAAAUAUGGCCAUGGAUAAAACAAACAUACUAUGCACGUUUUUUCUUCGAUUCAUGCCUGAUAUGCUAUAUGCAUUUUUCUCGAAAUAAAAUAUUUUUAUUCAGAUU